GCCACGCUCUUGCAGUUAGCGCACUCAACUCGAAUCGAACGGAGGUCCAAAAAAAACAGCAAGAAGCCUAACAAAUUAAGAUCUUCAAAACAGAAAUUCCAAUAUGAACCCACUAGGAAUGGUGAGUCUUGGCCUGAUCUUGUGCCUGAUCGGCGGCUUUAGCCGGGGUGCAUCGGCCAAGCUGGAAGAGAAGUUCUCGUGGAAGCAGCUGGCCUUCGAUUGGCCCACUCCAGAGGCCGAGGCGGAGGCCAAAGCGAAUGGCCACUACAUCGAGGAGAACAACCUGCCACUGGGCGUAGAGCGCUGGCAAAACAGAAUCUUUGUCACUGUGCCAAGAUGGAAGGCUGGCGUUGCUGCCACUCUAAACUACAUUGAUCUCAGUUCAACCGAGAAGUCGCCAAAACUGCAUCCGUAUCCCAGUUGGGAGGCCAACAAGCUGCCCAUCGAUGUGCAGCCGCAGGAUCAAAAGACUCCAUCGGGCGGACGACUGGAUGCUGACAAGGCUCAAGAUGCCGGAAUUCAGCUGACGGAUAACUCAACUAUUAUAUCCACCUUCCGAAUUCAGGUCGAUGUAUGCGAUCGUCUGUGGGUUUUGGAUACUGGUUUGGCUGAUAUUCUUGGCAAUCCCAAGCAGAUAACUCCCAAUUCGAUCCUGGUCUUUGACCUGAAAACGGAUAAAUUAAUCCGUCGCUUCACCAUUCCCGCUGAUCAGACCAAGGAAGAUUCGUUCUUUGCGAAUAUUGUCGUGGACGCCGAUCGCUCGGAGUGCCAGGAUGCUUUCGCUUACAUUCCGGAUCUGGGAGCCUACGGUGUGAUCGUGUACUCCUUGAGGAACGACAAAUCCUAUCGCGUCAAGCACAACUUCUUCCACUUUGAUCCGCUGCAGGGUGAUUUCAAUGUCGGUGGCGUAAACUUCCAGUGGACUGACGGUGUCUUUGGCCUAGCUGUUGGUCCCAUGAAUCCAGAUCAUUCCAAGGACAUCUAUUUCCAUGCUUUGGCAAGUACAAAGGAGUUCAAGGUCUCCAACCGUGUACUGCAAAAUGAAACUCACGUGACCGGCGGAGAUUCGUACUAUGAUUUUAAAUAUGUUGGUGAUCGUGGCAUGAAUGGUCAGUCCACCGCCGAGGUCUUUGAUCCCGAGACCGGCGUCAUAUUCUAUACGCAGGUAAACAAAGACGCCAUUGCUUGCUGGAACAUCAAACGCCCCUACACUCCGGACACCCAGGGACUGAUCGAUUCCGAUUCGCACACCCUGGUCUUCCCUAAUGACAUGAAGAUCGACAACGAGGGUACAGUUUGGGUGCUGUCCGACAAGAUGCCGUCGUAUUUGUACAAGGAACUCGACCCCUCGGCCGUCAACUAUCGUAUUUUGAUGGGCCAGAACCGCGAUCUCAUCAAGGGUACACCAUGCGAAAUGUGAGCAGUUGGAUAUUUGAAUCUACAUGCUGUGUUUAUGACGCGGUGCAUUUUUGUAUUUACAUUAUGACAUUAUUGUUUGUUAGUAAGUCAGCUUAAUAAACUAUUUGAAAUGUGA